UCACGCACGCGGACGUAACUGUUCUUUCGUCAGUGGAAGUCAAAUGUUCAUUCUACAGCACUGUGCCUCUCGAUGCCCUCAACAUUUCCGUAACUUCAAUGACAGCGUCCCGUACUUCCCUCAAGUAAACGGUGACGCAGCAGAAAGUAGCGGGACACCUGACUUGACUCCUUUCCUGGCCUGUCCUGGCACGCCGCGUUCCGUCCAGAGAAGCGUCAAUGCGAAUAUUACCAUCAGCACCAAGUGUGCCAGCUGCUACGACGCCUUCAUAUUUCCUAAGGUACUCAAUUGUCUGCACAGUUUCUGCAAAUUGGGCCUGGAAAGACAUCAGACAAGCCCCGACAAGUUGGAACUGCCCUCUGUGUUUGCAGGAGACGACCUUACCAGCCGAGGGCACUGUCGGACUCUUCUCAAGCUGCGUCCAUCAAUCAUCCUCAAGACCUUGGUGCUCGAUCCCUCUUGCCUCACAUGCACUGCCUGCAAACACACAGCCGCUCCUGCAGUUGCACGCUGCCUUGACUGCGUCCAUACAUAUGUUUCAAUUGUGUAAUGGCGCACCAAUUCAUGCAUUGGCUCCAAACCCAUCGCGUUUUCAAUUCGAUCCCAAAAACCAGAUCUAUCGAAAAAACCUUCGAAAAACCGAUCAAACGGCACGUUGUUUUCGCCACAAGAAUGAAACUCUUCAGUUAAUCUGCAGGACCUGCGACAUUUCUGUUUGCGGGGAGUGCGCAGCGUUUGAACACCCCAUGGGCACCAACAACCUCAUGGCUCUUGUCGAUGUGAGGCAAAAGACCACCGAAGGUAUCUCAUUCGUCAUCACCAAUACCAAAAGGGGGGCCAACAACCUCCUCAGCUCUGUUACCAGUAUAGAAGUCUGCUACACAUCCAGUACCGCAAGGCUCAGGCUGAUACCAACAGCUCCAUCGAAACCUGGAACAAGACUGCACUGGAACCCAGAGCAAGCAAGAAAUUCUGAUAGACCUCGGAAACACCUAUAAUAAAAAACUUCUGUUAAUGAAGCGUCCGGGUAAGAAAGUGCAGGAGAGCUGAUGCAAGAUCAUCAAAGUUUGCGUCACUGGCGAAAGGCUAGCGAACUUCUCCGAGGCGAGCACUCAACUAUCAAUGUGGGCCAUAGGUACGAUCAGUUCUUUUACCCGUAAAUGACCACUGAGAUGGAAAGCACAACUUCG